AUGAUUUAUGAUCCAAAUACAUUUUCAAAUAUUAAUGAGGUCAAGACUACACACCUUGAAUUAAAUUUUAAUGUUGAUUUUGAAAGCAAAAUUAUUGAAUCAGUUGUCAGUCUUAAGCUUGUUACACUUACUAAUGAUGUCAACGAGGUUAUCCUUGAUACAAGUUAUUUGAACAUUAAAUCUGUUUCUCUUUCCGGUGUACAAUUGAAA